GAACAACUCCCUCCAACGCCGGGCCCGCCCGCGGCCCUCUCCUUCCCCAGGGCGGCGGAGCCGUCUGCGGCCCGCCCCCGGCUGGGAGUGGCCGGCGCCACCGCCGCUUUCCGCCCCGGUAAGGGGUCGAAAAGAACGAGGGCGGGGGGGGGGGGGCAAGGACGGGAUGUGGCGACCGCAGCCCCGGCCGGGCGGUACCGAGAGGCGGCGCCGCGGCGGCGGGGGGGAGGCGGCGGCGGCGGUGGCGGCGCCGAGCUCAGAUGGUCAGGAGCACUUAAUGCCUGCAGGCUCUCUUCGUAAAAAGAAGGUGGCAAAAAGACCUGGAUACAUGAGGCCAGAAGCUCAGCGACAGAUAGAGUUUCAGUCCCUGGGUGCCUGCAAAUCCUUCAGCCCAGAGGAGCUCAAAAAUGGCAGGCAGCACUGGGGAGACUUUGAGAACUGCUCUCUACGCAGACCAUGCCAAAGUAACUUUGAAUUCUUACGCUGUAGUGCAGCGAGUAGUGCCAUAGCUCCUGCUAAUGGGGUAACAACAUUGGCCACUACUGGAAAAAUGUCAGGAUGCUGCAAAAAUCUUUCAUGUUGCAAGAGUCCACGGUCAGAAAACGCAGUGAUAGCUGUUUACCCUGCUGCAGCAACAAGCAAAGGAGGUGUUUCUGCUGUGUGCUGUACACGGCAGAAAAGCCACAAUGCUAAAGUGAGCAAGCCCCUGAACAUGUAUGCUUUGGAUCAGACAGAAGUGAAUAACAACUGUGAAUAUCAGAACAGAGAUGUUGUUUCUCGUUCUGUUGGUGCACACGAUAGCUUCAGUUCAAGUUUCAGCUUCAUACAGCUUUCCCUGAACUCGGCCUCUGGAGUAAGUGAUGCUGAAGGCAAGUCAACUGUCAAGGAAGCUGAGUAUGUUCUGCAUCCCAGCACCACAGGAAAUCUGCAUAAGCCAGAAGAGAUGGCACGAACUUGUGAGCACUUGGGAGCUUUGCAUUGCUUCUCCAGGCCCAGUGAGGAUUUGGAGUACGAAAAUGAGACCACAGCAAAUGAUAAACUACAGGACUGUGAGACCGUCUCUCUCUCGGAUACAGAUGCAACAUUUUCAUAUUCUACAGAUUCCUCGGAUGCAGCAUCUGCUGGCUCUUCUGUCACCUCAGGCUAUGAAAGUAGCUUUACUGUUAGUGACCAUAACUGGGAUACUUUGAUGAAAAAAUAUGAACCAGUGCUACAGGACUGCCUGCUUGGCAACCGCAGUACAUUAAAGAUAAAAUCCUUGAUCUUACGGCUUCAGAGGCUUCAGGAAAAAGCAAUAGAAGAAGAUGACUAUGAUAGAGCUGAUAAAUUUAGACGGAAACUGGAAGAACUGGAGAAAGAGAAAAAUUCUUUAAAAUUUCAGCUUCCUUCAAGGCAUCCUUCAGUUAGCAGUUUUUUGGAUAGAUUUAUUAUGCAAGUUCAAGCAGCAUUGCGCUGGGCUGCCGAUCAUCGGGUUAGAUGUGAAGAAACCCAGUUGUGGCAUGAAAAUGAAUAUAAGCUUUUGAGAUCCACUUACCAGGAGAGGAUGCAGGUUUCGGCCACAAAACGAAACCAACUUUUUCAAGAAAAGAAAUGGUUACAGAAAGAAAUUGAAGACCUCCGAGCAAGACUGGCCAUAUUAGAAGCAAAAGAUCAACAGCUAAGAAGAGAAAUUGAAGAACAAGAUAGGGUUAUUCAGUCACAGGACUGUGAACUGACUGCUUUACUUAGCUGCAUUUCUUUGAAAGAACUAGAGGAAAUAAGCAAGGCUGUGGAUGACACUUUAGCAUCUUCCUAUCAAAUUCCAUUCAGUCUGGAUCUUCCAGGGACAAUAAAGAGCCUUCAGGAAAAAGAACAAUCAUUCAGCAUGUCCAUUAAAGAAACUACUGCCAAAGUUUGUACGAGUCAGAAACUCUGCAGUACUUUGAGGAGGAAAGUGAGUGAUAUUGAGACUCAACUACCAGCUCUACUUGAAGCCAAAAUGCUAGCUGUUUCAGGAAGUAAUUUCAGUACUGCGAAGGAUCUGACAGAAGAAAUAAGAUCAUUAACAUCUGAGAAGGAGGGGCUGGAAGGACUUCUCAAAGAACUGUUGGUUCUGAGUGCCAGAAAUGUCCGAAAAUUAGAGAGAAUUAAAGAUGAUUACACCAGACUGAAAGAAGAACUUGAACAAGGAGAGACUGCUUUUGUGACCAGUGUAAAAGAAAAUGCUGAAAAGUACAUGGAGAUGCUGGAGGAUAAACUACAUAGCUGUGGGAGCCAGCUGCUCCAAAGAGUGUGGGAAGCUGACUUGGAAGCCUGUCAGCUGUUGAUCCGAGGGUUUCAACUGAAAGAAACCAGUUGCUGUGUUUUUGAGGAAGAGGAGAACCAAAUGGAUGAGCUGGAGAUGACUGCUGAUGGCCCAUCUGAUUCUGAAAAAAGAAGAGAAGGUCACUUUCCAAAGGGCACAGAGCGGAGCACUGUUCCCUGCUCCAAACACAGCGAGCUAAAAGAGGUUAUGGAAGACAUUUCAUUUGGAGCGGAGGGUCAUUUAUCUGAGGAGUUCUUCAUAUUUUCUGCAGAGUUGGGAGAAAAAUGCGAAGCCAUAAGUGAGAAAUUGGUGCAUCUGGAAGAUCAAUUGCAAACUUCCGCCUGCAGAGUUGAUGAAGGAGUUAUUCAGUCUCUGCAGAGGGAGAUCCAGGUGGUGAAGGAGACACUCCAGACCGUGCUGGUGCAACUUCAGCCAGCCGGGGAGGCAGGAGAAGAAAAGGCUGGAGACUUCCUCUGUGACAGCUGGUGUCCCGGAAAACAAGACUUGAAGGAAUAAUGAGCAGAAAGAGCUGGUAGGAUGACAUUAAUUCACUAAGGGCUGCUUUUAGUAACUGAAUACUGUUUUACCAAGCCUCAGGGAUCUCUUCUCCCCCUGCAUAACUAAUAACUAAAUCAAUUAUGGAGAACCAGAGCCUGGAGGUCUAUCAUCAGAAGCAUUCUACACAGCCUCACAUGUUUUGGCACAGAUUGGGAAACAGCUUUCAGAGCAGAGCAGCCCCUGUAAGUGUGUAGAUUACAAAUUGAUACAUUUCAAGUGAGUCCGCAAAGUUGCCUUUAAUGUCAGUGAAAUGUUCUCCUUGAAGACUGGUAAACAGUAUCUGUCUUCUUUACUCCUGGAUUAUUUUUUUUCCCCCUGAUUUAAAAAUGUAGCGUUAAAGCUGGAACAUCUAGUAUUUCUUGAAAAAUAGCUGUAAGAGUAAUAAGAACUCUUUUUUUUUUCUCUGGCUUUAACAGCUUUCUUACACUGAAUGUACUUUCACAUUCCUGCCAAUAAUUAAAUCAAUAGGAUGACAUUCAAGCUAACCAAGCUCUUUCAACUGAAAUUUGGACCUCAUUUACUCUGUGGUAUUGAAUACAGUGGAGGUAACUAACAGCAGCCCCUAUAGCAGUAGUUUAACUUGCUUCAUUUAGGUAUUAAUAUAAACUUGCUUUAGUGUUACAGGGGUUGUAAAGCA